GUGGCGGUAUCAACCUGAACCAUCUAUCGGUAGAAGAAGAAAAAGCAGGAAGUAAGAUGGCAGCAUGUAUAAGUGUCAAACAUGGACUAUCGUUUGGUAAACACUCGUUGUUUUUCACUGUCCAAAGAAAAACAACCCCUGGCAGUGCGUGUGCUCAAAGACCGGUCGAAUUUCGGAGUGUGAGAGCCACAGCCAGUGCGACGGUUCAACAUAACGAGAAGUUCUGUUUGGAGCUGGUCAGGUCCAGGGACUACGAGGGUUUUGUGUGCUCCCUUCUGCUGCCAGAGGGGGCGCGCCGCUCCGCUCUAGCUUUGAGAGCCUUCAAUGUGGAGCUAGCACAGGUGAAGGACUCUGUCUCACAGAAGAGCCUUGGUUUAAUGCGAAUGCAGUUUUGGAAGACAGCCAUCGAAGACAUCUACCAAGACAAACCUCCAAACCAGCCAGUCAGUAACGAGCUGUGGAGGGCCGUGAGGAGGCAUAAGCUGACAAAGAGAUGGUUGACCAGGAUCGUAGCAGAGAGGGAAAAGGAUCUGAAUGACAGACCAUACAGAAACCUGCAGGAGCUGGAGUCAUACGCUGAGAACGCACACUCGUCGCUCUUGUAUCUGCUCCUGGAGUGUUUAGGGGUGAAAGACGUCCAUGCAGACCAUGCAGCGAGUCACAUUGGGAAGGCGCAUGGCAUUGUGACGUGUCUGAGAGCCACUCCUCAUUACAGCAGCCGGCGCAGAGUUUACCUGCCCAUGGACAUCUGCAUGCUGCACGGCGCUUCCCAGGAGGACUUCAUCCGUGGUAGCCGCGAGCAGAACGUCCGGGAUGUGGUGUAUGACAUCGCUAGUCAGGCUCACGUUCAUCUGCAGAAUGCACGAUCAUUUGGCCACAGCAUCCCAGCAGCUGCGACUGCAGCCUUCCUCCACACGGUGGUGUUGGAGGAUUACCUGCAGAGGGUGAGGAAAGCAGAUUUUGACGUCUUCCACCCGAGCCUGCAAAAAAGAAAUCCCCUGCUCCCCAUUCAGCUGUACCUGCGUUCCUGGAAGAAGACCUACUGACUCUUUUCUAGAACGUUCUGCUGGUGCAAGUAGACUUGAAGAAAGACAUUUACAGUAGGAAACAGUUGGUUGUAUAACUGUUAUUUGGUAAGUAAAAGGUUACUCUUUGUGCUGCCGGUAUGACUUGCAAACACAGAAGUCCAUAGCCUCUCAAGUAUACAUUUACAAAGAUCUUCGAUCAACACCAAGAUUGAGAUGAAAUGAAUGCUUAUUGUUCAGAAUAUCCAGAAUAUUCAUCCAGAAUACUGGAUACAGUUGUGUGUCAGUUUGUAACAUUUCCUUCAGCAAAAAAAAAAAUCUCUGACAAAUUUUUGUCAUUAAAACAGAUCUAUCUUGUUACUUGACGUGACUGAAAGAAGGCACACAAGAGGGUCAAAAUGUUAUUAACAGUGCAGUUGUACACCACAGGCAUAAGAUCAUAAAAUAACAUUUGCUUUCCUGUUUGCAUCCAUUCUUCAACAUCUACUGCAAGAGAAGAAGGAUCACAUCUGUACAUAAGUGAACAUUAAAAGUGAACUACACUCGCA